UCCCAGUUGGGUUGGGGCACUCCGGGACCCCCGUUUUGGGGAGCGGCGCUGAGGGGUCCCCUCACAACCGCCGCCAUCUUGUCCCGGCUUCGGGAUAUCUUCAGAUUUGUGGAUUUUUUGCUUCUCCACCAUCCAAAAGCUCCCCAAAUCCCCACAGCCCACCCAAUAUCCCGACUUUUCUUCACGGUACCCUCACAUUUGUGGAUUUUUUGCUUCUCCACCAUCCAAAAGUUCCCUAAAUCCCCACAGCCCCACCAAAACUCCAUGGAUUCCCUCCUCUUCCUCUGCGCCCGCCGCAUCGUCGCCCACCGCCCUCUCCCCGCCCUUCCCGCCGAUCUCCAGCCCGUCCUCUUCCAAGCGGCGUUCCUGGACGGGAGACCCCUGGUCCUGCGGGAUUUGGUGGCCGCUUGGCCUUUCCCGGUGCUCAACUUCCAGCGGCUCGUGGGGCGCCGGGAGCUGCUCCGGGACCAUCCCUGCAAGCUCUGCGUCCAGGCCGUCAUCCUGGCCGUGGUGGCGCAGCUCCGGCGGCAGCUGGAAGAGCCCGGACACGACGCCAGCGGGUGCCGCCUACGCCUGCUGGACCUGACCGGACUCCCGGAUUCCGCAUCCGGCCGCGCUCCGGACGGGAUGAGCGUCUGGUCCGGCACGGUGGCUUUGGCCAAGGCGUGCGUGGAGGUGUCCAAGCACCAGCGGGAAUUCCAGAGGCGCGGAUCCAAGCGGCACAAAGGCCGCUCCGGAGCCGCCACGGCCGCGGCCGCUCCGCAGCCCCCGGGCGUGGACGUCCACGCCGACCUGUUCGUCAACGGAACGUCCUACGGGAUCCUGCGCGACGCGCUCCAGACCGGAGCCGCCAGCCCGCUGCGCCUCAAGUGCCGCGAAUUCCAAGCGGAAAAGCUCUCCCUGGCCGGAAUCGUGAGCCUGCUGGAAACUCUGGAUCCCUCCUGCGUCCGGAGGGUGGAUCUGCGCUUCCGGAAUUUGGGAUUGACCGGGCUCUCGGUGAUCCUGCCGCACCUCUCGCGCUUCCCGGAGCUGCGCAGCCUCAAGCUCCAGUACAGCAACGUGGACGUGCGGCGCCCGACGCCGGAAUCGGCCAUCGGAAUCCGGUGCCUGGCCGGGCAGCUGGGAAUGCUGCCCAGCCUCCGCGAGCUCAACCUGGGAUCCUCCCGGCUCUCCGGGAAUCUGCGCCAGAUCCUCUGCGACCUCCAGGCUCCGUUGGAAAGCUUGGAAUUGGCCUUCUGCUCCCUCGUUCCCGCCGACCUCGCCUUCCUCUCCCAAAGCUUCCACGCUCCGGCCCUCAAAAGGUUGGAUCUGAGCGGCCACGACUUCUCCCAAGGCCUCCUGGAGCCGCUGCGGCUGCUCCUGGAGGAAACCUCGGCCUCGCUGCUGCACCUGGAUCUCAUGGAAUGCCGCAUGGCCGACUCCCACCUGGACGCGCUGCUGCCCACGCUGCGGCGCUGCUCCCGCCUGCGCUUCCUGGGACUCUACGGCAAUUCCCUGUCCACGGCCGCGCUCAAGGAUCUGCUCCAGAAAACCUUGGAGCUGCCCGAUCUCCACCUGGUCGUGUAUCCCUUCCCCGUGGAUUGCUACAAGCCAGAGCCUCCGCGCCGAGUCCCGGGAUCCCGACGGAUUUACGAGGAGCCCAUGGAUGGCGAACGUUUGGCGGCGGCCACCGCGGAGAUUUCCCAGCUGCUGGCGAAUUCUGGGAGAACCGACCUCGUCUGGACUUACAAUCCCUACGGCCACGGAACCCUGGACUACUUCUCCUUGUGAUUUGGCAAAAGCUUGGAGCCUCCAUUGCGGAAAAGCGCCGCCGCCUUCUUCCCAAAAUCUGGGCGUUCUCUGCCUCAUCCCGGUGCUUUUCCGCCUCAUUCCAGUGGUUUUUUUUCCCUUUAUUUCGGUGCUUUUCCACCUGUUCUCAGUAUUUUUCCAGCUCAUCCCGCUUUUUUUCCUACCCGUCCCAAGUUUUUCCCCUGAUUUUGUAGCUUUUCUGCCACAGUUUGAGUUUGUUCCUCCCCAUCCCAAUAGUUUUCCCCUCAUCCCGGCAUUUUUCCACCUCAUCCCGGUAUUUUUCCUCCCAUUUCAAUAUUUUUCCGCCUCAUCCCAGUGUUUUUCCUCCCAUUUCAUGCUUUUUCCAGCCCAUCCCGGUGUUUUUUCAUCAGGAUUGGCUUUGCAUGGCCAAAUUCCGGGAGGCUCCAGGGCUGGAUUCCAUGGGAAGUUUCCGGAAGCUUCUCCCAUGUUCGACCGAUCCCGUCGAGAACGGCGGUGGUGCCUCUGGAGUAAGAAUUAAGUCGGAAGAAACCAAUCCAGGCACAGAUGGAAUUCCAGAGUGGGAAUUUUGCAAAGGAACAACUCUGGAGAUGAUUGCAUGGUGCUGGAGUGGAAAUUCCCAAAAUUCCGUGGCGCAUCCAAUGGGAAGCUCAUCCUGGAGCUGGAUCUUGGCAGGGAUCUGCGGAUCCGUGGAAAAAGGAGCAGAUUCCUGAGAGGAAUCCCAUGGAGGAAAAAAACCUUUGGAGCAGGAUAUUCCUGAAGGAUUGACCCCUUGGAAAAAUCCAUGAAGAAUUGUCUUCCGUGGGAGCGACGCGUUGGAGAAAUCCGUGGAAAACUCUUGCCGUGGGAUGGAUUCGCGUUAGAAAAUGCAUGGAAAACUUACCUUGGGAUGGAUUCGCGGAGAAAUCCAUGGAAAACUUUCCCAUAGCUGAAAAAUCCAUGGAAAACUCGCUGUGGGAUGGAUUCACCUUGGAGAAAUCCAUGGAAAACUCACUGUGGGAUGGAUUCACCUUGGAGAAAUCCAUGGAAAACUUUCCCAUAGCUGAAAAAUCCAUGGAAAACUCGCUGUGGGAUGGAUUCACCUUGGAGAAAUCCAUGGAAAACUUUCCCAUAGCUGAAAAAUCCAUGGAAAACUCGCUGUGGGAUGGAUUCACCUUGGAGAAAUCCAUGGAAAACUUUCCCAUAGCUGAAAAAUCCAUGGAAAACUCGCUGUGGGAUGGAUUCACCUUGGAGAAAUCCAUGGAAAACUCUCCUGGGAUGGCCUCCAGCGCUGCUGGAGGGAUUGAGGGAAAGCCGGGAACGAGGGAAUUGGGGGAGGGAAAGGUUGGAUUUGGGGUCUUGUUAUCCUGCUCUGAUUCCAUUGGAAAUAAACUCAUCCUAUCCCAGAUCCCGA